AUGCCAAGAUGUAAUCCUUUAUUCACAGAAAGAGUAUUUAUUAUGAUAAAUUUAGUUUGAUUAAAUUUUAGCUUAAAUGGUAGAAGCAGUAGGUGAAGCUCGUUGGGCAGAUAUUGCUAGAUAAAUGAAAUAAAUAUAUGAUUUUGAUAUACCUUAAUAAACAAUGAUAUAUGCAAGAUGGAAAGCUAUAGAUCCUAAAAUAAAUAGAGAUCCCUUUAAUUAAGAAGAAAUGGCUUAACAUUGGAGAAUGUGUGUUAAAUAUAGUUGUAAUUGGGAAGAGAUAAGAAAAGCUUAUGAAAAAUAAGGAUAAUUAAGAGACAAAGGAUAUUUGGCAUCAAAAUAUUAUUAAAUAUUUUGGUUUAAAUUAAGUGAUCUAAAUAGAGGUAUAGCCAAUUUAUCUGAUUAUAAUUAACCAAAAAUUGAUUAGAUUAGAGAUAUAACUAAAAAAAGAAUCAUGGAAUUAAAUGGUAAGGAUGUUAAACUUGUCAAAAAUAAAUCUGCUAUAGCUUUAAUUAAAGGAUGUAAAACAUUAAUUAAGGUUAUGUCUUUUAUGGUUGAUAAUUACAAAUUAGAUUAAAAUUUAUUAAAUCAAGAAGUAUUAAGAAUUAUAACAGUUGAAAGAUUUUAAGAAGCAUUAUUUCAUAUAUUUACAAUAGAUACAAUGAUACUUAUUUCUCUUAAUGAAAUUAGACCUAAUGAUGAUUUUACUGAUCUAUUUGAAAUUAAUGAAGAAAUCAAAUAAAAAUAUAAGAAACCUACUAAAAUUAAAACUUGGAAUAGUGCUUUAGUAGAAGCUUCAAGUGAUGAACACACUGAAGAUGAAGAUGUAUUAUAAGUAGAAGUAAAAGUUAAUAAAUUCUUACCAAAGAAUUAAUUUACAAAGGAUGAUAUCACAUAAAUUAAAGAUAGUGAAAUUUAUAAAUUAUGUAGCACUGAUUAAAAUCAUAAAUUUUAUAGUUGGUAUAAUUAAGCUAAAGAUGAUUAAGAAGAUCUAAUUGUAAAUGUUAAAGAAUUUAAUGAUACAAAAGAAAAAGCUAAAUAAUAAGAACUAUAAAAACCAGAAAAUCGUUGGUAAUUGAAAAAGAAAACUCCAUAUGUUGCCAAAAAAUAAAUGAAGGCUAUUGAAAAGAAGAAAAAGAUGAUAUUAUCUUAAGAUUAAAAAGAAAAGGACAAGAUUAAAACAGUAAGAGGUAGAAUCAAAUUAGAUAAAGAAUUAUUUCAUUGUUAAUACACUAAAUUUUUUGAUAAAGAACCUAGUGAAAGUGAAGUUGAUGAAGAUGAUUAUCAUUAUUCCUUAGUUGAUGCAGAUUAGAUUUAUAAAUUAAUGAUGAAUAAUUAACAUAUCAAAUGA